CAUACACAUCUCACUAGCUUCCCCUCCAUCAAAGCUCUCGCAAUGGCGCCGUCGUCCAAGCUCGUGCUCCUGCUCCUUGCCAUGGCACUGACGGUCUCCACCGUGCGCGGUUGCGGCGGAAACAACUGCCAGACCCCACCGCCGUCGCCACCGCCUCCGUCAUGCCCGCCGCCCCCACCGCCGCCGUCACCACCACCACCAUCAACCAGCGGUGGCUCGUGCCCGGAUCUGGGCGUGUGCUUGAGCCUGCUGAGCGUGCCGAUUGUCAGCCUCGGCGUGUCGCCGUAUGAACCGUGCUGCCAGCUGCUGGGCGAGUUGGCCGGCCUGGACGCUGCGGCGUGCCUCUGUGACGUGGUCGUCCUCCACGGGCUGCUCCACGUCGACGUCGUCGCCCUCCUGAACCAGUGCAAGAUUCCAUGCGAAUCCAACUACACCUGCCGGCGCUGAAUGAUCACCUCUGCUCUUUGCUAGUUUGCGUUCCAGUUCAUCUUAUAUCUCAGUCUCGUCCAUGUUUCCUGCAGGCAUGCAUGCAACAUUGUUCACUAGGUAAUCGUAUAAGUGUGCCGUGUUGUGUUGUUGAAAUUAAUCCGUGCAUACUCCCUCCGGUCCUUUUUACUUUGCAUAUAAGAAUUUUCUGAAGUCAAACUUCAUAAAGUUUGACCAUAUUUAUAUGAAAAAAUAUCAACAUAUAUCAUGUUAAAGUUAUACAAUAUGAAAACUUAAGUCAUGAUGCAUCUACUGAUAUUGAUUUCACAUUAUGAAUGUUGGCAUUUUUCUUUAUAAAGUUGGUCAAACUUUAUAAGGCUUGACUUCAGACAAAUAUUAUAUGCGAACUAAAAAGGACCGGAGGGAGUAUAUAUGUGCAUGCAUAUGUACGUGGAAUAAAAGUAUGUUGAAGUUGUCUAACAAUGUGCUUGUAUCUCCA